AAACGCAUUCAAGAGGCUGACUUGAAGAAACUCCCCUAUUUCUGCAAGCCAGCUGCCACGGAGCCAACGCGCUCUCUUCGCCCUCCCGCUGAGCAGAUUCAGUGCGCUGCUAUAAGAAGAACCACUAGAAAACAAACGAAUUGACGAAAUGUGUUGUGAAAUGCAGUCUUUGUGUCAGCAAACCCAUUCCUCAUUUCAAAUUCUCUAGACAGAAAACAUAAGAAACCCAAGUGUCUAAUAGCAUAUCAAUACCCCUUUUCCCUCUGGGUCCCUGUUAAAGCAUAUAGGUGAGUGUUACUAAUUUGAAAGGCAGCUCUGUGUGAAACGUGUGCUAUUUCUGCUUUUGGACACAGGUCCAGACAAAGGAAAUACAGCUUGGGGAGGCCGGACCAGAGAGAUCUGAGCGAGAACCUGGCUGCAACACAGGGACUGUCUCAUAUGGUUUCUGAAUGCUCUCGCCUUUUCCAGAUCCCGAAAUACUGGGAAGAGCAGGGAGCCGGCAGCUUUACCGAAGAUUCGCAGCAAAAUGAUGCAGGUCUAAGUUCUGUGUCUCACUGUGGAGAAAAUGAACUUCCAGACCGUGCCAGGCUGUUUCUACUCACACAAAAACAUUUGAAGGAGGUCAGAGACAAGUCUAAAAGGUGGAACUCCUGUUCGAGCUGUGAUCAUGUGGAUGUGGCGAAUAAAAAGGUGGAGGACGGUUACCCUUUGCGGCUGUGGAGAGGAACGACAGAAUUGGACGCUCCGCAACAGGAAGUCUUCCACCACGUGUUACGAGAACAGAGUCAGUGGCAGAGAGACCUCUUGCACAGCGAGGUGGUGGAGACUCUGGACAAGGACGCAGACGUGUACCAUUACAUACUCCAGGCUGCAGGGGCCCGACCACCACUACAACAUGUUCUGUUACGGACGUGGCAAACGGAUCAUCCCACGGGGUCUAUGUUUGUGUCCUCCACCUCGGUCGAGCACGCCGCUGUGGCUGUCAGAGGAGUACGGGCGCAAGUUUUCUGCAGCUUCUUUUUAAUCGAGCCGCUGGGGUCGAAAAAGUCAAGAGUCACGCACCUCUGCCGGACCGACACGAGAGGUCGAUCUCCAGAAUGGCACCAUAAAGUCGGAGGACACCAGGUAUCAUCUGUGUUGAUGGCCAUGAGAGACUCUUUUAGACACAAAACAAAAGACUCAAAGCAUACUAAGGAGUAAUCCAUUAAACCUCAGACAGCUUUCCAAUCCCAGAGCUACGAGUGGGCUCGAAAAACAAAGAAAUAAAGUGAGUGUGAGCGAGCGAAUGGGGUCCAAAGCUCUGAGAUGAUGAAAGUUGUUCCAGACUCUCGGUACCGUAGAGACUUACGGGACCAUUUCAAUGCAAAGACAAUUCAGCCUGCAGACACUGAACAACAGCAGUGUGAUGAGGUGUACCAGGAGAGCCGGUGCACUUGGCAUUAUCAAGACUGACAAGAGAGAGUGUCAGAGUAAUGAAAUGUCUCAUCCCAUUUAAAGGACCGUUCCACGGGACUCUCAAACUCUCAAAUCCUGCUGUUCUUAAGCAUUAAAGGAUGGACUGGGUGACUUGAUCUGGAACUAUAUCACACUUUCAUCAUAAACAUGAGAAACACUGUGUACAGAAGCCGAGACUCUGAUUCACAGGCGUGUUUUUCAGUUGCCAUCGCUUUAAUUUAUUUGUGAGAUUAUCUGAUUGACCAUUUGGUGAUAUACAUGACCUGGCGCAUUAUAAUUAUAUUGCAUUUUAGUUUUAUCAUGACCUAUACGAUCAAAUUGUGAUGCUACACAUUUGAUCAAAUCAAAAUAUUACAAUUAUACUAUAAAUAUUGACUUUAUAAGAGGAAUUUCUAAUAUAACUUAUAUUUUUGUGAUGGUAUUGUUGAUAUGUUACAGAUUUUUAUUUAAAUAUAUAUAUCAUUGAAGUACA